UCAUAUUAUUUAUCUUUAUUUCUAAACGUUACUUGCAGCUUUUCCCACUAGAAAUAAAAAAGCACGACAUAUGCUUAACGCCGUUAAAUGUUAUGUGUAAUUACUUAAAAAGCAGCUACCAUUUCCUUCUGCUGUAAAGCAGUGCGCCGUAUUACAGUCAGUGUUGUUGUUGGGAGCUACACUGACAGGAAGAUGAUUUGGACGCUUAAAUUAAUUACUUUAGCGUUUUUGUUACUUUUGGGGGGACAGUAUAACACAUUUGCUCUUCAAGAUGUAACGGCCGACCUUUUCGGUCCCGGGAAUUAUGGGACGGUGGCAGCUUUCGGAGAUUUUAAUUCGGAUAAACAGACAGACAUCUUCACGAUCAAAGAACAGACUGAUUUGGUCAUAUUCUUGGCUGACUCCAAACCACCUUACUUCAAGCCCAAAGUUCAAGCCAAAAACAUUUUGGGAAAAAACAUCACCAGCGUGGUUCCCGGAGAUUAUGAUGGAGACUCUCAGAUGGAUGUCCUUCUCACAGCUAAGAAUGGCCAGGAAACAGAAGUUUUCAUCUUUUGGGGGCACAACCAGACAUUAGAUAUUGGAGGGGGGAUUAAGCUGAAUCACACCUUUAGUGAUCAACCUCUUGUCAUGGAUUUUAAUGGGGACAUGAUUCCAGAUGUUUUUGGAGUCAUCAGCUCUUCCUCCAGUGUAGUCUGCUAUCUCACCAAAAGGACUGAAGUGUGCAGCAAAGCACUGAGUUUAACUGGCGCCAUGCGUAUGCCUCACUCCAAUGCUUUCAUUGACCUCAACAAGGACUUCACUGCUGAUUUAUUCCUGACAAUGAAAAACGACCGAAUGUUUGAGACCUGGAUCAACAAGGACGGGAACUUCACCAAGACUGACGUCAUGUCAAAGCCAAACGAAACCACAAUUAUUGGGCAGUCUUCCUUUGUGGACUUUGAUGGCGAUGGCUACCAGGACCAUCUCCUUCCUGCAUGUUUGGAUAAAAGCUGUCAAAGAAGUACCAUCUACCUAGCCAAGUCAGGCUCAAGAGACUCAAAGUGGAUACCAGUUCUCUCAGAUUUCAAGCGGAAAGAAACUGUCUGGGGCUUUGUGCCAGAUAACUCGAGUCAACCCCCAGCCCUUCACCUUGGGGACUACAACCUGGAUGGGUUCCCUGAUGCCCUGGUAGUCCUCCAAAACAAAAGUGGAAGUGGCCAGCAGGCCUUCCUAUUGGAGAACGUGCCCUGUAACAGCAACACUUGCCACAGUGUUGGACGAAUGUUCCACAUCCACUGGGACCAGUCAGAUUUAGGAGCCAUUCAAAAUGCCGUCAGGGCAACUUUCUUUGACAUCUAUGAGGACGGUAUUUUAGACAUGCUGGUUCAGAGCAAGGCAGAGGGCAAACAGGACUUGAGAAUUCACGCUUUGAAGAACAAUUUCGAAGCCGAUGCCUACUUCGUUAAAGUGAUGGUACUCAGUGGCCUCUGCUCCAAUGACUGCCCUGAAGGUGUUAAGCCUUUUGGUGUGAACCAGCCAGGCCCCUAUGUCAAGUACACCACAGUGGAUUCUAAUGGUUACCUGAAAAAUGCAUCAGCUGGUCAGCUAAGCCAGUCAGCUUAUUUCUCCCUCCAGCUGCCCUACACUGUACUGGGGCUCGGACGCAGCGCCAACUUCCUGGAUCACCUUUUCGUCGGCAUCCCCCGGCAACCUGGAGAGACGGAGAUAAGGAACAAGGAGUGGACGGCCAUCAUUCCCAACUCUCAACUUAUUGUCAUGCCUUUCCCACAUGAUACACCCCGCAGUUGGAGCGCUAAAUUGUACCUUACUCCCAGCAACAGCGUGUUGCUGACGGCCAUCGCACUGAUCGGCGUGUGUGUCUUCAUCCUUGUUAUUAUUGGGAUCCUUCAUUGGCAAGAGAAGAAAGCAGAUGACCGAGAGAAGCGCCAGGAAGCCCACCGUUUCCAUUUUGAUGCCAUGUGAAGAAACAAAGCUGCAUCAUGGGAGACCAUCCUCUCCCAUCCUCCCGCGCAUGCCUCUCACCUGACCACCCUUUCCUCUUCACACGUUUUCACUCAGACUCAUUUCAAGGGCCAAUAAAUGGAUUCUCGUAUACCCCAAAACGUUUCUUUUUGAUAUUUUUCAGUCCUUGAGUCAGAUGUUAAAUAUUUAUGCUCCAUUUCAUUUAUUCAUUCCAGUUUUAGAAGUACAGGAGCUGCAACAAGGCCAUAGAGACAGACAACGAAAUCCUAAUGGGAAUCACUCUCAAGUUUAAAGCAGUGAUUUCUUUGGACCGACUGUCGUUAGGAGUGUGAUCGUCAGUGGUGUUAUUAGUGUAUUUGGAUCCUUUUGAAAUGCCCAACAAGUAGCUCCAAUGAUAAAAGCAGUUUCUUUUUGUUUGUUCACUGGGAAGGAAGCACCUUUAACAUUGUGUGUAUAUAAAUGUGCAUCGUUACUUCAAAGCCACACACGUGUUUCUGUCCAUUGUCUUUGCACAGCUGAUGAACCUCUUGGGUUUUUUCCUGUGAAAUUAAACUGAACUGAUUGUAUUAUAUUGAUUCAGCCUCACAGCUACAGACAGCAAUUGGUGAAAAGUGAACAUAAUGUGAUAUAAUGAUGCUGCAGAACAUUUUUAUGCUUCCGAUCCCACUAAAAAUAAUGAAUGGCCUUCAUGUCUGCUGAGUGCAAGUUUGUCUCUUUUGAGUCUGUCCUAAAACGCUGCAUCAUGGGAGUGCCAAAAUAAAGAGCCUGGAGUCUGUAAAUGUCUAAUUCUGCUGCAUCAAAGUCCUGCAAAUCAUCCGACGCCUGGUUGUCCUGCUGAAUAAAGUACAGUUCGCUAGUUUCAUGUUUUAAUUUCUGUAGAGCUGGGUGGCUCCGGUGUGUUUUAUUUAUAUUCCAAGAAUGAGCUCAUGGUUUUCCAUGUGGUUUGCACUUUUUUUAACAAAUGAUUAACUGUGGGUGUAUGUAAUUUAUUUGGCUUGCAAAUGAAUGUUCAACCUACUAAAUGUGUUUACUUACUAAAGUUGAGAAUAAAGGUUUCUUCUGCUUAAGUCA